AUGGGAUCUGACGAAAAAAGUGCUGUGUUGCAUGGUAAGUAUGAAUUAGGGCGACUUUUGGGCCAUGGCACGUUUGCAAAAGUGUACCAUGCUAGGAAUUUGCAGACGGACAAGAGCGUGGCUAUGAAAGUUGUAGGCAAGGAGAAGGUGAUUCGUGUAGGGAUGAUGGAGCAAGUGAAGCGUGAAAUCUCGGUGAUGAAGAUGAUGAAGCAUCCCAAUAUUGUUGAGCUUCACGAGGUUAUGGCAAGCAAGUCCAAAAUUUAUUUCGCCAUGGAAUUCGUUCGUGGUGGCGAGUUGUUUGCUAAAGUUGCUAAGGGCCGCUUGCGCGAAGAUGCAGCCAGGCAUUAUUUCCAGCAAUUGAUUUCGGCCAUUGAUUUUUGUCAUAGCCGUGGUGUAUAUCACCGGGAUCUGAAGCCGGAAAAUCUAUUGCUGGAUGAAGAAGGUAACCUCAAAGUCACAGAUUUCGGGCUGACUGCAUUUGCAGACCAUCUUAGGCAAGACGGCUUGUUGCACACCACUUGUGGGACGCCGGCAUAUGUUGCCCCGGAGGUGAUUGGGAAAAAGGGGUAUGAUGGGUCAAAGGCGGAUAUUUGGUCAUGUGGCGUGAUUCUAUAUGUGUUGUUAGCUGGAUACCUGCCAUUCCAAGAAGAUAAUCUUGUGGCUAUGUAUAAGAAAAUUUACAGAGGCGAUUUCAAGUGCGCGCCAUGGUUUUCAUCCGAGGCACGAAGAUUGAUCACCAAGAUGUUGGAUCCAAAUCCAAGUACGAGGAUAAGCAUAGCAAAAAUCAUGGAUUCAUCGUGGUUCAAGAAAUCGAUUCCAAAGAGUUUUAGGACUAAAGAAGAGCAGGAAUUCUCCGUUGAAGAUGAAGUGAAUAUUGGGAAGAAAAAGGAAGCUGAGACUUUGAAUGCUUUCCAUAUCAUUUCAUUGUCUGAAGGGUUCGAUUUGUCGCCUCUUUUUGAGAAGAAGAGGGUGGAGAAGGAGGAGUUGAGAUUUGCAACCACUCAGCCAGCAAGCAGCGUGAUAACCAAGCUCGAAGAGGUGGCAAAAAUAAUGAAUUUUAACGUCAAAAAGAAUGAUUCAAGUGUCCGAUUGCAGGGGCAAGAGAGUGGCAGAAAGGGGAAGCUUGGAAUAGCUGCUGAUAUCUUUGCUGUGACACCUUCAUUGUUGAUGGUUGAGGUGAAGAAGUCUAGUGGUGAUACUUUGGAGUACAAUCAAUUCUGCAGUAAAGAGUUGAGACCUGCACUUCAAGAUAUAGUUUGGACAUCAGCCACUGGCGAUUCAAUGCUUGCUUGGAAGUGUUCUACAAGUUCCUCCAAUAAAUGA